UUUAUCUCGCGAAUUUUGGGAAGUUCCGUUGCGGAAGAUGGCGGCGGCCUCGAGCACCCUUCUCUUCUUGCCGCCGGGGACUUCAGAUUGAUCCUUCCCGGGAAGAGUAGGGACUGCUGGUGCCCUGCGUCCCGGGAUCCCGAGCCAACUUGUUUCCUCCGUUAGUGGUGGGGAAGGGCUUAUCCUUUUGUGGCGGAUCUAGCUUCUCCUCGCCUUCAGGAUGAAAGCUCAGGGGGAAACCGAGGAGUCAGAAAAGCUGAGUAAGAUGAGUUCUCUCCUGGAACGGCUCCAUGCAAAAUUUAACCAAAAUAGACCCUGGAGUGAAACCAUUAAGCUUGUGCGUCAAGUCAUGGAGAAGAGGGUUGUGAUGAGUUCUGGAGGGCAUCAACAUUUGGUCAGCUGUUUGGAGACAUUGCAGAAGGCUCUCAAAGUAACAUCUUUACCAGCAAUGACUGAUCGUUUGGAGUCCAUAGCAAGACAGAAUGGACUGGGCUCUCAUCUCAGUGCCAGUGGCACUGAAUGUUACAUCACGUCAGAUAUGUUCUAUGUGGAAGUGCAGUUAGAUCCUGCAGGACAGCUUUGUGAUGUAAAAGUGGCUCACCAUGGGGAGAAUCCUGUGAGCUGUCCGGAGCUUGUACAGCAGCUAAGGGAAAAAAAUUUUGAUGAAUUUUCUAAGCACCUUAAGGGCCUUGUUAAUCUGUAUAACCUUCCAGGGGACAACAAACUGAAGACUAAAAUGUACUUGGCUCUCCAAUCCUUAGAACAAGAUCUUUCUAAAAUGGCAAUUAUGUACUGGAAAGCAACUAAUGCUGGUCCCUUGGAUAAGAUUCUUCAUGGAAGUGUUGGCUAUCUCACACCAAGGAGUGGGGGUCAUUUAAUGAACCUGAAGUACUAUGUCUCUCCUUCUGACCUGCUGGAUGACAAGACUGCAUCUCCCAUCAUUUUGCAUGAGAAUAAUGUUUCUCGAUCUUUGGGCAUGAAUGCAUCAGUGACAAUUGAAGGAACAUCUGCUGUGUACAAACUCCCAAUUGCACCAUUAAUUAUGGGGUCACAUCCAGUUGACAAUAAAUGGACCCCUUCCUUCUCCUCAAUCACCAGUGCCAACAGUGUUGAUCUUCCUGCCUGUUUCUUCUUGAAAUUUCCCCAGCCAAUCCCAGUAUCUAGAGCAUUUGUUCAGAAACUGCAGAACUGCACAGGAAUUCCAUUGUUUGAAACUCAACCAACUUAUGCACCCCUGUAUGAACUGAUCACUCAGUUUGAGCUAUCAAAGGACCCUGACCCCAUACCUUUGAAUCACAACAUGAGAUUUUAUGCUGCUCUUCCUGGUCAGCAGCACUGCUAUUUCCUCAACAAGGAUGCUCCUCUUCCAGAUGGCCGAAGUCUACAGGGAACCCUUGUUAGCAAAAUCACCUUUCAGCACCCUGGCCGAGUUCCUCUUAUCCUAAAUCUGAUCAGACACCAAGUGGCCUAUAACACCCUCAUUGGAAGCUGUGUCAAAAGAACUAUUCUGAAAGAAGAUUCUCCUGGGCUCCUCCAAUUUGAAGUGUGUCCUCUCUCAGAGUCUCGUUUCAGCGUAUCUUUUCAGCACCCUGUGAAUGACUCCCUGGUGUGUGUGGUAAUGGAUGUGCAGGACUCAACACAUGUGAGCUGUAAACUCUACAAAGGGGUGUCGGAUGCGCUGAUCUGCACAGAUGACUUCAUUGCCAAAGUUGUUCAAAGAUGUAUGUCCAUCCCUGUGACGAUGAGGGCUAUUCGGAGGAAAGCUGAAACCAUUCAAGCCGACACCCCAGCACUGUCCCUCAUUGCAGAGACAGUUGAAGACAUGGUGAAAAAGAACCUGCCCCCGGCUAGCAGCCCAGGGUAUGGCAUGACCACAGGCAACAACCCAAUGAGUGGUACCACUACACCAACCAACACCUUUCCGGGGGGUCCCAUUACCACCUUGUUUAAUAUGAGCAUGAGCAUCAAAGAUCGGCAUGAGUCGGUGGGCCAUGGGGAGGACUUCAGCAAGGUGUCUCAGAACCCAAUUCUUACCAGUUUGUUGCAAAUCACAGGGAACGGGGGGUCUACCAUUGGCUCGAGUCCGACCCCUCCUCAUCACACGCCGCCACCUGUCUCUUCGAUGGCCGGCAACACCAAGAACCACCCGAUGCUCAUGAACCUUCUUAAAGAUAAUCCUGCCCAGGAUUUCUCAACCCUUUAUGGAAGCAGCCCUUUAGAAAGGCAGAACUCCUCUUCCGGCUCACCCCGCAUGGAAAUAUGCUCGGGGAGCAACAAGACCAAGAAAAAGAAGUCAUCAAGAUUACCACCUGAGAAACCAAAGCACCAGACUGAAGAUGACUUUCAGAGGGAGCUAUUUUCAAUGGAUGUUGACUCACAGAACCCUAUCUUUGAUGUCAACAUGACAGCUGACACGCUGGAUACGCCACACAUCACUCCAGCUCCAAGCCAGUGUAGCACUCCCCCAACAACUUACCCACAACCAGUACCUCACCCCCAACCCAGUAUUCAAAGGAUGGUCCGACUAUCCAGUUCAGACAGCAUUGGCCCAGAUGUAACUGACAUCCUUUCAGACAUUGCAGAAGAAGCUUCUAAACUUCCCAGCACUAGUGAUGAUUGCCCAGCCAUUGGCACCCCUCUUCGAGAUUCUUCAAGCUCUGGGCAUUCUCAGAGUACCCUCUUUGACUCUGAUGUCUUUCAAACUAACAAUAAUGAAAAUCCAUACACUGAUCCAGCUGAUCUUAUUGCAGAUGCUGCUGGAAGCCCCAGUAGUGACUCUCCUACCAAUCAUUUUUUUCAUGAUGGAGUAGAUUUCAAUCCUGAUUUAUUGAACAGCCAGAGCCAAAGUGGUUUUGGAGAAGAAUAUUUUGAUGAAAGCAGCCAAAGUGGGGAUAAUGAUGAUUUCAAAGGAUUUGCAUCUCAGGCACUAAAUACUUUGGGGGUGCCAAUGCUUGGAGGCGAUAAUGGGGAGACCAAGUUUAAGGGCAAUAACCAAGCCGACACAGUUGAUUUCAGUAUUAUUUCAGUAGCCGGCAAAGCUUUAGCUCCUGCAGAUCUUAUGGAGCAUCACAGUGGUAGUCAGGGUCCUUUACUGACCACUGGUGACUUAGGGAAAGAAAAGACUCAAAAGAGGGUAAAGGAAGGCAAUGGCACCAGUAAUAGUACUCUCUCGGGGCCCGGAUUAGACAGCAAACCAGGGAAGCGCAGUCGGACCCCUUCUAAUGAUGGGAAAAGCAAAGAUAAGCCUCCAAAGCGGAAGAAGGCAGACACUGAGGGAAAGUCUCCAUCUCAUAGUUCUUCUAACAGACCUUUUACCCCACCUACCAGUACAGGUGGAUCUAAAUCUCCAGGCAGUUCAGGAAGAUCUCAGACUCCCCCAGGUGUUGCCACACCACCCAUUCCCAAAAUCACUAUUCAGAUUCCUAAGGGAACAGUGAUGGUGGGCAAGCCUUCCUCUCACAGUCAGUAUACCAGCAGUGGUUCUGUGUCUUCCUCAGGCAGCAAAAGCCACCAUAGCCAUUCUUCCUCCUCUUCCUCAUCUGCUUCCACCUCAGGGAAGAUGAAAAGCAGUAAAUCGGAAGGUUCAUCAAGUUCCAAGUUAAGUAGCAGUAUGUAUUCUAGUCAGGGGUCUUCUGGAUCUAGCCAGUCCAAAAAUUCAUCCCAGUCUGGGGGGAAGCCAGGCUCCUCUCCCGUAACCAAGCAUGGACUGAGCAGUGGCUCUAGCAGCACCAAGAUGAAACCUCAAGGAAAGCCAUCAUCACUUAUGAAUCCUUCUUUAAGUAAACCAAACAUAUCCCCUUCUCAUUCAAGGCCACCUGGAGGCUCUGACAAGCUUGCCUCUCCAAUGAAGCCUGUUCCUGGAACUCCUCCAUCCUCUAAAGCCAAGUCCCCUAUCAGUUCAGGUUCUGGUGGUUCUCAUAUGUCUGGAACUAGUUCAAGCUCUGGCAUGAAGUCAUCUUCAGGGUUAGGAUCCUCAGGCUCGUUGUCCCAGAAAACUCCCCCAUCAUCUAAUUCCUGUACGGCAUCUUCCUCCUCCUUUUCCUCAAGUGGCUCUUCCAUGUCAUCCUCUCAGAACCAGCAUGGGAGUUCUAAAGGAAAAUCUCCCAGCAGAAACAAGAAGCCGUCCUUGACAGCUGUCAUAGAUAAACUGAAGCAUGGGGUUGUCACCAGUGGCCCUGGGGGUGAAGACCCACUGGACGGCCAGAUGGGGGUGAGCACAAAUUCUUCCAGCCAUCCUAUGUCCUCCAAACAUAACAUGUCAGGAGGAGAGUUUCAGGGCAAGCGUGAGAAAAGUGAUAAAGACAAAUCAAAGGUUUCCACCUCCGGGAGUUCAGUGGAUUCUUCUAAGAAGACCUCAGAGUCAAAAAAUGUGGGGAGCACAGGUGUGGCAAAAAUUAUCAUCAGUAAGCAUGAUGGAGGCUCCCCUAGCAUUAAAGCCAAAGUGACUUUGCAGAAACCUGGGGAAAGUAGUGGAGAAGGGCUUAGGCCUCAAAUGGCUUCUUCUAAAAACUAUGGCUCUCCACUCAUCAGUGGUUCCACUCCAAAGCAUGAGCGUGGCUCUCCCAGCCAUAGUAAGUCACCAGCAUAUACCCCCCAGAAUCUGGACAGUGAAAGUGAGUCAGGCUCCUCCAUAGCAGAGAAAUCUUAUCAGAAUAGUCCCAGCUCAGAUGAUGGUAUCCGACCACUUCCAGAAUACAGCACAGAGAAACAUAAGAAGCACAAAAAGGAAAAGAAGAAAGUAAAAGACAAAGAUAGGGACCGAGACCGGGACAAAGACCGAGACAAGAAAAAAUCUCAUAGCAUCAAGCCAGAGAGUUGGUCCAAAUCACCCAUCUCUUCAGACCAGUCCUUGUCUAUGACAAGUAACACAAUCUUAUCUGCAGACAGACCCUCAAGGCUCAGCCCAGACUUUAUGAUUGGGGAGGAAGAUGAUGAUCUUAUGGAUGUGGCCCUGAUUGGGAAUUAGGAACCUUAUUUCCUAAAAGAAACAGGGCCAGAGGAAAAAAAACUAUUGAUAAGUUUAUAGACAAACCACCAUAAGGGGUGAGUCAGACAGGUCUGAUUUGGUUAAGAAUCCUAAAUGGCAUGGCUUUGACAUCAAGCUGGGUGAAUUAGAAAGGCAUAUCCAGACCCUAUUAAAGAAACCACAGGGUUUGAUUCUGGUUACCAAGAUGUCUUCUUUGUUCCUGUGCCAGAAAGAAAGUUAAAAUACUUGCUUAAGAAAGGGAGGGGGGUGGGAGGGGUGUAGGGAGAGGGAAGGGAGGGAAACAGUUUUGUGGGAAAUAUUCAUAUAUAUUUUCUUCUCCCUUUUUCCAUUUUUAGGCCAUGUUUUAAACUCAUCUUAGUGCAUGUAUAUGAAGGGCUGGGCAGAAAAUGAAAAAGCAAUACAUUCCUUGAUGCAUUUGCAUGAAGGUUGUUCAACUUUGUUUGAGGUAGUUGUCCGUUUGAGUCAUGGGCAAAUGAAGGACUUUGGUCAUUUUGGACACUUAAGUAAUGUUUGGUGUCUGUUUCUUAGGAGUGACUGGGGGAGGGAAGAUUAUUUUAGCUAUUUAUUUGUAAUAUUUUAACCCUUUAUCUGUUUGUUUUUAUACAGUGUUUCGUUCUAAAUCUAUGAGGUUUAGGGUUCAAAAUGAUGGAGGGCCGAAGAGCAAGGCUUAUAUGGUGGUAGGGAGCUUAUAGCUUGUGCUAAUACUGUAGCAUCAAGCCCAAGCAAAUUAGUCAGAGCCCGCCUUUAGAGUUAAAUAUAAUAGAAAAACCAAAAUGAUAUUUUUAUUUUAGGAGGGUUUAGAUAGGGUUCAGAGAUCAUAGGAAUAUUAGGAGUUACCUCUCUGUGGAGGUAUUGACUUGUAAUCUCAUUUUCCUUUAAAAAAAAAAAAAAGCUAAGGUGGCUUGUUGGGAUGUAAACAUGUUUUCAGAUGCAGUAAGGUUUAGUGUAGGACAGCCUUCCUGACCCGGUGGCAUGAAAACCAUUACAGAAUUAAUAGUUCUCCUACUUCCACAAUGUGCCAAAAGUCUGCAUCCCAGCAUUUUGUUUGCAGGAGAACUGAUGCCAUUCCUAAGAGCUGAACUCACUGUUUCUCUUCAUCACAAGGAGAAGGAGUCCAAACUUUAAUCACUGCACUGUAUGCUCCCUGAGAUAAAACAGUAAAAAAAUCCGCAGCCAUAGUUCACUUAAAACAAUUUCAAGCUCACUUUUGAAGUAAUGGGGGCCUGGAAUGCUAGGUGAGCAUGAAGAUAAACCCUUGCUACUAUGUAGCAACCCAAUUGGACCUUUUUGGAGAAAUAGGUCUGAGUCUGGAUUCUGGGGGACAUCAAUAAGAGCCCUUCACAUAAAAAUAUAGAAAUCCAGGAGACUGUUUUGAGUGCAACAGAAGUUCUCAGUAUUUGGAGGGUCCUCUCAAAAAUUCUGCGGCCUUACUUUGAUAUUGACACCUGCACUGUGCCAUUCCUGAUUAUUCCAUUCAGGAUCUGUAUCAGCGGGAUGGGGCAUGGUCCCCAGCACAACUCUUCUGGGUUAAAAAAAAAAAAGCCAGGUGAUUCCUUUGUGUGUUAUGUCGUAAGUGGAGUGACUUCAUCAUAUAUGGAAGAAGAUUUCUAUAUUCAGCUUUUUCUGCAGGUUGGAGUCAGCAUAGAGUUGGAAAAUCAGCUUUGGCUUUCUUUCCUGUCUCAUUUCCUCUAGUGUUCUCCUUUUUAUGGUCAUCAGCUCUCAACAACUCUGCCACUUUUGUGUCCCAAGGUAAUAAGAUGUAGGAAACAAAACAUUGUAAAGUGGAGCAAGAAAAGUUAUCAGUUAACCACAUCAGAGUCAAAUGUCUUGGGUGACACUAAGGAGGAUAUGGGCAGGUGAUACCAGAGUGCUUUAUCUUGUGAUGUUGAUACAGUAGCAGCCUCUCAGACAUUCAGCCAGGUUGGAUUUCUCAUGAGUUUGUCACCUAGUUUUGAAUCCUAUCCCGUUGGUUUCUGCAGAAAAAAAAAAAAAAAUUUACGUGGUUUUUAAAAUUUGUUCUGAGUGGGGAGAAUCUUAGGGGGAAUGUACUGAAUAGUAUCAGGGGCUCAGCUCCCCCAAGCAGGGCCAACAAAUACCAAAAUGAGUAAACUGGGAAGCUUUUCUCUCUUUCUGUCUUCAUCCCAGAUCAAAGAAUCCCGAGUUAGGAUCUGGAUGAAGGAUAAGCCCCUGAAUUGUCGAUGGGCUCACCCCCACACUGACCCAGCAUCUGAACUUGCUUAACAGGGAGCCGGGGCUAAACUGCUUCACCCUGCCUGAGAACCAGGGAGCACUGCAUUUCUCCACAGGGUGGAGGAGAAGAGGCAGAAUAAACCAAGCCUGGGACACCUCCCUCCUGUCUAGGUGUACUCAUUCUUCUGUUUCAAAAGAAGGCAAGGACAUGAAGUCAACUUCUACCUAUCUUCUGCUGCUGGUGUCUUAUGUAUUCUCAGUGUGACCUGAUUCCUCUUCUGUCUUUUGACUUAACAUUAGGGGUUCUUGGUCAUAACCUGCUCUGAUGUACAUAAAGAUUUCAGGUUCAAUAUCAAUGUGUCUUAAAACAGAAGUAUUUUAGCGGGUGGGGGGUGGGGUGGUGGGGACAAACAAUGCAGGAUAUAAUUGCCAAAACCAGGCUUGAGGUUGGUGACUCUUGAAAGAUUUUCUUUCUUCAGGCCUAGAUCAGAAAAUUAAGUGCAGCAAUAUCAUGAAUUCUCAGAAGCCCUUUCAGGGAGCCAGUGAGUCAUACAGUGUCCACAGUUGAGUCACUUAAAGAUGUCAGUAUACGAAACAUUAUUCACAAUCCUUGGGCAAUCUCAUUUUUUUUUCCUUCUCCCCUCCUCCCCUGCCCCCCUUACAUUUCUAUCCUUGAGUUAGUUUUGGAGGGGCAGGAAGUACUUAACAUCUCAGAAGCUAGAUUGGGAAACAUGCUCAGCUAUAAGAACUGAGCUUUAAAUUUUGAGUUUAAAAAUGUACAUCAGGAGCAGCUGGGGAGGGUCUUUUUUUAAAAAAAUCUUUCAAAUUUGGUUUUCUGUGCAUAUGGCCGUUUUGUAAAUACUUUGGGGUUUUUCAUUUUUUUGAAAGUAGAUGAAAUCUGUUGUGGGAUUUUUUUCCCGAAACAUUACAAAAUAACCUGUUUAUUUACAUGCAAAUAAACUUCUUUGAUAAAAAGUAA